CCCUGCUACUAAUUCUUUAAAAUUUCUUUAAAAUUCUCUCACAGGAUCCAAGAUUCCUCCUCCCAUCGCCAUUGAACCAGCAACCCAUUUUUUAGCAUAAAAACUAUCCUCAAAGUCCAGAAGUCCAAGUCUUCCUCUCUCCAUAGUGGUAAACGACCCUAACCUGGAUCGAACUCCCUCGUUCAUCCGUCUGCACAGAUCUUGAAACCACCACGAUCCAACGGUGGAUUCGCUGAAUCCUUCAUUCGCGUGAAAGAUACAACCCGUGUCCCCCAGCUCCCUAACUUCCCCUGCUCAUCCUUUUCCGGCGGGUUUCUCUCUUUUAUAAACAAAAAGAAAAAAGGAAAAAAAAAAAGCGUUCUCGCUUCGCAGCCAAACGAUUCCUCAACCCCACGUUCUUCCCACUGGGUCUCAAGUCUCCAUCCCCCGAUCCCAUCCCGUUACCUCCCGCCAUCUCCUCUUCCGGUAGUUGUACCGGUUCUUGUUUUAGAGUAGAUUUGAUUGGCUAAAUAGCGCAAGAUUUUGAUUUGAUUUCAAAGAGCUGGUCCGAUCGAUGCGAGGAGAUGCUGAGGAAUUUGAUGGAGGAUAAAAGGUUGGAUUUUGAUGCGCCGCUGCUCUCCGUGCGGCGACUUUCCGCUGGAGCCGCCGCGGCGGGGGCUUCUACUGCUCCAUGUACUUCGAAGUCGGAGGACAGCGACCGGAAGGCGGCGGCCGGAAAGCCGCCGCCGAGGAGAUCCUCGCUUCCUUUCCAUAAAUCGGACUUGAAAUCGGGCCCGGUGGGAAAUCCCGGCGUUAUCCCUUUCGUUUGGGAACAGACCCCGGGGCAACCCAAGGACGGCGUGAGCUCCGGUUCCAUCGCCGUCGGUCGGCCCCCGAUGGUUUCGAAGCUUCCUUCCGAUAGGAUCUUGAAUGAGAGGGAGUCUUAUAGGCCGCGAACCACCGCCGGGGCAUCCGUGCGGGUGGGCACUAGCAUCCGGACUCAGAAAGCUGUCACCUUUGCUUCAGAUGAAGGCACAAAGAAAGCUCCCGAGAGCCCCAAGGGUGGUGAGGAGAAGGUAAAGGAAGAGGAGGAGAAGCAGAAGCCGGUUCCGGCAGACCGCCACAAUGACGGGGAUGAUGAUGAAGAUGAGGCCUUUUCGGAUGCGCUCGACACACUCUCCCGGACCGAAUCUUUCUUCAUGAAUUGCAGUGUUAGUGGCCUCAGUGGAAUUCCUGAAUCGGCGAUGCCUUCGGGAAGCUUUUCGACGGAUCCCCAGGUCCGGGAUUUCAUGAUGGGAAGAUUUUUGCCAGCCGCCCAGGCCAUGGCCACGGGCUCGCCGCAGUAUACCUUCAGGAAAGCAGCUAGCCUGGCUCGUGAGCCGCCUAUGAGGCCUGCUGAGAGGUUUGUGAGUGGGGAUCAUCGUCGGCUGCUUCCACUUCCUUACCAGAAAAGGCCUAAUUUUGGUCUGCAGUACGCUCAAAAGCAUGGGGAAGGGGAUAGCUAUGACGAUGAGGAGGAAGCGGAGGACUGUGAUGAAACUGACCAUUUGCCAUCAAAGGCUUGUGGGCUGCUCCCCAGGUUAUGCCUAAAGAGCUCCUUUUGCCUGUUAAAUCCGGUCCCUGGAAUGAAGGUUCGAGGCCGCCUGCCUGCACCACCUGGAAGGAGGAUAGGUGGCCCACGGAUCAAAACCUUUCAUCACGGAUCUUUUGGUCAAGAUGGAGAUGAGGACUCAUGGGAAGCAGUUCAUAAGCACAAGCUAGGACAAAGGUAUCAACCCCAAGUGGAGGAUGGGAGGAGUAGGUCAACUAGUGAAACAAAGCAGCUUACUUACUGGAGUGAUUCCCCAACAGCAGAUGGAUCCUCUCCUUGUCGUCGUUCCGCAGGUGGUGGAAUAUCACCCUAUCGGAAUGAAGCUCCUCCAUUACCUUUCGAAAGGAAGGGUUUUCUUGGAGUUCCAAAGAGAGGAAGAAAGAGUAGCAAGACAGAUGGCUCUGACUUAUGUGAGAGAGAUGGUGAGAACUAUUGGGAAAUGACAUCUUCUCAAAGUAGCCAGCAGGGAUCAGGAUCAAGGAGCCCUGCAUUGGAGAAAACUCUCUAUGUCGAUUCUGUAAAUAUGCCUGAAACUCCAGAUUCAAAUUCGAGUUCGUUAAAUAUAGCUACAGGCACCAGAGCAAUGUUAAACUCCACUGAGAAAGAUUAUGAGGUUGGAAGAGAAAGGCAAAGAAUGGAAGAAAAUGUUGCAGUCAAAACUCAUGAAGAAAAUGCAUUGCAGCCUAAAGACUCUGUGGUUGUCGAACCUGGCUUGCCAUUUUGCUCAGAAAGAUCAGAUCACGGAGAGAUGGAUGGGAAUAAUAAUAUCAAACACAAUGCCGAUGGUGACGGUCCCCUGCAUACCGAAGAAGGAGAUAUAAUAAAAAAUGAUGUUAAUGAUUAUGGUCCACUGCCUUUGGAAGAGGGAGCUCGGCAUAAGAUUGAUGUUAGUUCUUUGCUGUCUCUUCUCCCUCCACCAUUACCUAAAUCACCUUCUGAGUCCUGGCUUUUUCGCACAUUGCCUUCUGUAUCAUCAAAGAAUCUACCACAGUCAUUUUUAGGUCUUCAGUUCCAGCCUCGAAAACAAGCUUUCCAGGCAUCCUCUACCAACCAGAAGCAAGAUACCAAUGCUAAACCUUCUGUAUCACACCAUCGCCAGAGAAGGUUUGCGGAGGUGCUACCGAAGCCUGUCUCACCACGGUCUGAAAUUUGAGAUCUGAAGAAGACAUUCUUUCUCAUUUCUUGAUCACCUUGGUAUUCUAGUAUUGCAAUUUGAAGCCCCAGAGAAAACAAAAGGUGUCUGGGAUUCGGUGAUAGGUUCCUGUUUAUGUUAUGGAGUGUACAAGCCAACGGUGUCAUGUCUCACAUGCUGUAUGUAAUUCAAACUAUAGCUGCCCAGCAACGAUGAGUUACAUGUACAAACCAUCAAUUCAUUAAACCGAAAACUCACCUCACACUUUGUCUUUACUAUGAAUAAAUCAAUUGUAAAAUGACAUGAUCGCCUUAUUUUAUAACUAAGUAAUUGAUCAGCUGCAAUUUCAUGCAAAUCCUGUAAUAAGACAUACCUUUAUAUUGUUUGUGUUAGUCAUUACAGAUAUUCCAUUAAGCAUUUGAUUGAUUUCUCAAACUU